AUGCAGGUUGCUAUGAUGCCCGGCCAGUCACCUUCCUCAACUCUUAACGGAAAUGCGUCGACACCAGAUCCACCAGUACCUACUUCGGACGGCGAUCGUUUACGCGCUUCAAUGGAAGCUUGGAAACGAAGUGCUGCUGUAGCAAGUGAAAGAUAUGGAGAGGCUAGACAGAGACAAAUAGCUGCAGAAAGGGAUGAUCGACAGGAGCUCCGUAAGAGGUGGCUCGAAGAGGAAGCGAAGAAGCGCGCCGAAAACGUCGGCAAACACAAGGAUGGCAUGAGUAACAACUUGACUUCGAGCAUGCCUCCUCCUCUCUACCAAUCCACUCCCAUUAAUAAUCGAGAUAACAGAAAGCGUCAUCUCGAUACGAACGAUUACGGCCACGAAGAGUGGAGGCAAGGUUUCCGAAUGAUGGAAGGUUGUGGUAUGCCUGAUAUGUCCAAGACAUCUACCGACAUGUACCCUAACAUGAGCUAUCCACCCGCUGGUGCUGGUUUUUAUCCUGGAAUGAUGAUGCCUGGUAUGCGGCAGCAGUCCGUAAAAAAUGUUGGUCCUGGAUUCUCCCCAGCUCCUUUUCCAAAUAAUGGUGCUUAUCCUGCUGGCUCAUUCCCACCUAAUAAUUCCUUACCCAACGCAGCAAAUGGACAGUUUCCAUCGUCAAAAUCCACGCCUUCUUUUCAAGGAAGUUCAUUCUCAGCUCCGAAUACCGCCCCUUCAACGAUGUCGUGCUCUUCGAUGCCCUCUACUUCCACUGCCGACUCGAUCUUAAGCCAACGUUUUCCCUCCAUGGAGUUGCCUCAAUUUCCAGUUUCGUCGGACUCAACACCAACUCUACCACAACCGCCACAACAAACACAGUUCUCUGGUUCGGAUUCUACGUCCUAUAACUGUGGGAUGCGGCCGAGUCCGUCAAUGUGUCCGACUUCCCCCAAUGAGGUGCCGACACCCCCUGCCUUGGCCAGCUCAGGUAGCGUACAGGUCGGAAGUUCUUGUCCCAACUCUACGGCUGUUGUCGAGCAGAAUUUGCGUAGUCCAGCCGAAGAUCUCGGAUGUAAUGCUGUCAAUGAAGACAAUAUGACGCGAAUGUUGACAAGCAUACGGACUGAUAGUCUCGGAAUGUUAGGAGCGGAUGCUGUCGAUUCCCUCUUUGACAGCGAUACAAACGGAGAAAGUGGUGCUGGACAAGUUCCAGUGGUAACGUCGACUGACAACACCUCUUCUCCUGCUGGAUUUUCCCACGGUGGCCCGCAAAGUGUUCAUUCUGUACAUUCCGCACCUCAAAGCAAUGGAAAUUGCAAUCCUCCAUCCACUCCCACCGCGGCUGCAACGACUCCUUCAGCACCGCAUUCGACUAGUUACUCACAACAAGUAUCUGCUCCGCAAUCCACCAGCUUUCCGCAAGCAUCUCCGUCGCAAUCCUCAGCAUUUCCUCAGCCUUCUCCCUCUCAACAAACUGGAUACCCUCAGCCCGCAGCUCACGGGCAGCCUUCCCCUUUCACGCAAAACUCUCAAUCGCAGGCCACUUUUUUCGCUCAGCCGUCGUCAUCGCAGAGUACAAAUUUUCCUGCGACUAGCGUGGGUCAAACAACGUCUUUUCCGAUAGCGCCGUCAUCUCAAACAGCCGGCUUUGCCACCGCACCUGCCCAGUCCUCAGCUUUCCCUCCACAGAACGUAAUGCAGCAGAACGCAUUCCCUCAACAAAUGCAGACCGGUGGAGGGUUCCAACAACAAGCACCGAUGCCGACGUCGAAUCCUUACCCUGCAGCGCCAGGUGUCGGGGUUAUGGGGCCUUGUCCAGAUCCCAGUUUCAUGGCACAACAGAACAUGAUGAAUCCUGGAUUUGGCAUGAAUGGGUAUCCAGGGUACGAUAUGUCACAGGCGCAAAUGAAUCAGCAGCAACAAUUUGCAAUGCAGGCUCAACAACAGCAACAAAUGGCGAUGGGAGUAGGUGGCGCUGGUGCGGCAAUGAGCGCACAACAAUACCAUAUGGUUAUGAUGCAGAAACACCAGCAACAUAUGAAGGCUAUGAUGCAGCAACGAGCAGCUUUGAUGUAUCAAAAUUAUCCGAACGGAGCGGCAGCCAUGUCUCAACAACAGUAUUUCAUGCACAUGCAGAAGAUGCAGCAAACGCGAUUCGCAAAUGGUGUGGACCCAUCGGCUUCGGCGUUCAUGGGAAGCCAGCGUGUGAUGGGCAUGCGAGGUGGUCCUGUGGCACCUGGUUCAAUGAUGGAGCCAAUGGCGCCGACUGGCGGAUAUCCAGGCUACGCACAAGGAAUGCAAUCAUUUGCGGCCCAACAACAGUAUGUGGGUCAGUUCUCCAUGAACUAG